AUGAGCUACUCCUCCGAACGUGGCAAACGUCCCCGCCAAGACGACCUCCCCUCUCCGUCCAACCCCAUCAUCACAGCCCAUACCAUCUCCCCUCUCCCCCUCGCACAGUCUCACGCGCUCCUCCUGGAGCUCUCCACCUCCCAUCCCUCCGCCGCACCCGUCAUCGCCGCCUACAUCAACCGCUUCACCCAAGACGAGGCAGCCCGCCGAGCCAACGCCCCCUCCGUCGACUUUGACCACUACUCCAAGUCCAUCUGGAAGGCUCUCAACAUCACACAUGCCAGAAAGUCCGGCUCCAAGCAAUACGAGGCGGCUCAUGACAUCGCGGGCGAUAUCGACGACGCUGUACGGGAUAUUCUCAGCCGGGUCGCCCAGUCGGAUCGGUAUGCUACCCGCCUCUCGGCCUUCUCCACCAUGCGCAAGGUCUCCAAAUCUAUCAUCACCUGCGGAGAGGGCGAGAUCCGGAAGGUAGUGAUGAACAGUCAGGCGCCUGGGAGUCUGGCAGAGGGGAUGGAGCGGGUGCUGGAUGCAAUGGAAGCCAAGGGGGAGCUGCAGGGGUUGAAGGACGAGGGGAUGGCGGAGAAGGUGGCAGAGCUGGAUGUGGAGUAUGGGCGGUAUGGGAUAGAGGAGUAUAAGGUGUUGUUCGAAAAGCUGUCCGGGUAG